AUGAUCGCUGUUAUUCUCUUUCAAGUCAAUAUUCUGGUAUUACUUUUCAUCAAAUUUCUAUGAAGGGUGACUAAUUCUUUUCAGACGCUCGCAAUGCUCAUCAAUUGUUCGAGUAGGAAACGCAAUGGUGAUGGCGAACAGGCGGUUUCACUUGUGCAACCAGGAAUGCCGAGUCCCUCUGGAAGUGCGAUAAACGGUAGCAAGCCGGCGAAUGACGAUUUCUCAGUGUAAGUGUAUUCUUCUGAGUGUUUUGUUUCGAUAAUCCUAUUUAAAGCGGAGUACCACCGCCGCACAUUCCUCUUGCCGACAAAUCAGAUGAGCGUACUUUGGCGUAAGGAUCUCUUUUCACUAUUGAUCUUUUUUUUCUGCUUUUCAGAGAUAUUGAGUCGAUUCAAAGUGAGAAAGUGCUGAUAAAGGAUAAGAAAGCCAAAAUGGAAGCGGGCAAAGCAAAGACAACGACGUCCAUUGCUAAUCAGUCACCAGGCGGGAAGAAUCUGAAAGCUACGUCACCAGCGUUGAACUUAUGA